AUGGUGUCAGUGAUGGAGGGAGAUUCUGUUACUUUAAACACUGAUGUUACUGAAAUACAGGAAAAUUACAACAUAGUGUGGAAAUUUGGAAGAGAAAAUGUUUUAAUAACUACAACUAAAAGAAAGAAACACAUCUCUAGAUAUGAUGUUCCUGAUGAGAGAUUCAGAGACAGACUGAAGCUGGACAAUCAGACUGGAUCUCUGACCAUCACAAACAUCACAACUCAACUUGCUGGACUCUAUAAAAUAGAGAUAAGGGGAGCGAAACUGAUAUCAAAAACAUUCAAUGUUUCUGUUUAUGCUCGUCUGCCUGUUCCUGUCAUUAGCAGUAACUCUUCACAAUGCUCUUCAUCAUCAUCACCAUCAUCACAGCAGAAUUGUUCACUGCAGUGUUCAGUGGUGAAUGUGAGUCAUGUGACUCUCUCCUGGUACAAAGGAAACAGUUUAUUGUCCAGCAUCAGUGUGUCUGAUCUCAGCAUCAGUCUCUCUCUACCUCUGGAGGUGGAAUAUCAGGAUAACAACACCUACAGCUGUGUGCUCAACAAUCCCUUCAGCAACCAGACUCAACACAACAUCAACAUCACUCAACUCUGUCAACCAUGUUUAGUACUGGACCCACACUCUCCUACAGAACAAGGCUCACUUCUAAAAGUGUUGAUCUCUGUUGCUGCUGCUGGAUCUCUGUUGAUUGUAGCUGCAGUCAUGAUCUUCUGGACCUACAGGAAAUUUCAGACUUGUGAUGAAGAAUUAACUUAUGCCGAGACAACGUUCCAAAAGAUUCAGGCCUUUGCUGGUGUUCAAAUGAACAUUUCUAUGAAUGACGAUGCUUCAUUUCUUGAGCAUCAGUGA